AUGGGGCAGAUGACCGAAGGCACCAUCCUUGGAUUUGCCAACCUGUGUUGGAAGGCCAAGGGUCAGCCUAAUGGGCUCCGCCCUGAUGUGUAUCUUGCUGGCACAUUUGGCAUGGGUUUGUACGGGCUGUUCAUCAGCAACGCGUCUAACGAUUUACCUUCCGGAUAUGAUCGGGCUGGAUCGUCACUCUUUGGAAUGCUGGUUCUAAAUGAGAGACCCAAGUGGAUGAAGAUCACCCACCUGGACGAGCUCAAGACGAAAGUGGGGCACGUCAUCGUCAUGAUCCUGCUGGUGAAAAUGUUCGAGAGGAGCAAGAUGGUGAAGAUCACGACGGGGCUGGAUCUGCUCAGCUACUCGGUCUGCAUCUUUCUCUCCUCGGCGUCGCUCUACAUCCUGCACAACCUCCACCGGCCCGAGCACGAGGAGUCGGUCAUGCCCAACUUGUAG